AUGCGGCCCAUCCUCUUGUCGGGUCACGAGCGUUCGCUCACCCAGGUCAAGUUCAACCGUGAAGGCGACCUGCUCUUCUCGGUUGCCAAGGACCCUACCAUUAACGCUUGGUUCUCUCACAAUGGCGAGCGUCUCGGCACCUACGAGGGCCACAACGGUACUGUGUGGACCGUCGACGUAGACUCCACCUCGACGCUGCUCGUAUCCGGAUCCGCCGACAACCAGAUGCGUCUUUGGGAGGUUGCAACGGGCAAGUGCCUGUUCGUCUGGGAGUUCACCACCGCUGCCAAGCGUGUCGCCUUCUCCGAAGACUGCACCCAGGUCCUCGUCGUCACAGAACAACGCAUGGGAUACCGAGGCUCGCUGCGUGUCUUCCGAAUCAACCGUGACCCCGCCAGCUGGACUCAACAGGACCCUGAACCCACACGCACCAUCACCUUCUCGGGCCCCAAGGCCGUUGUCGCCGCCUUUGCCCCCUGCGAUCAGUACAUUGUCACCGGCCACGAAGACGGCAAAGUGGCGACCUACUACCACGACGACAAGGAGCCCGAGAGCGGCAUCGACGCCGAGCUCGAAGAGAACUCGACCAACGCACACACCGACGUCAUCUCGGAUUUGCAGAUGAGCGCCGACCGCACCUACUUUGUUACGUCGUCCAGAGAUAAGACGGCCAAGAUGAUCGACUCGAAGACAUUGCAAGUGAUCAAGACAUACGCCACCGAAACGCCGUUGAACAGUGCCUCGAUUCACCCCACCAAGCCUUUCGUGAUUGUCGGAGGUGGUCAGGACGCCAUGAAUGUUACCACCACAUCGGCGAGACAGGGUCGAUUCGAGACUCGAUUCUGGCACAAGGUGUUUGAAGAGGAGUGUGCGCGUCUCCCAGGUCACUUUGGUCCUAUCAACACAAUCGCCAUCCACCCCGCUGGUACCGCCUAUGCAUCUGGCGGUGAGGACGGCUACGUCCGAGUCAACUGGUUCGACCCUGGCUUCUUCAACUCGAAGCUGUACGGAGCUGAUCUCGAGCUCGCCCUCGAGGACCAAUAG